AUGCUCGCGCCGCCUGUACCUGAGAUGAGCAUGGAGACGGAGCAUGGUGGCCACGAAGAGGAAUCGGCGAUGCUCCCGUGCGUCGCGUUCGCAUCGGAGCACGGUUACAAGUUCUUCUCCCUCGCCCACAUGCGCAUGCUUAACAGCACCGACGUGCGGCCAAUGCCUCCGGUGCUCGGCCGCCGGCUCGUGCCGUCUCCGUACGGCGGGAUGGUGCUAGCCACGGAUGUGUGCUACAGGCACCCGUGCCACCUCGUCGACCCCUUCACCGGCUCGCGCGCACCGCUGCCGGACCUGCCCAUCCCCUUCUCGGAGAAGGACCCGGUCGGGUGUCUCAGCGACGAGCCACAUCUGCGCUGCGCGCGCGUCACCGACGACGGGUUGGCGUGGGACUGGUCCCCGCGAGGCGUCAUGGUGGCCCGCGGCGACACGGCCUUCUUCUGCGAGCACGGCGGCGAGCGGUGGAUGCCGGUGCACCAGUCAAAGCUCGGCUCGCCCAUGACCGUCAACUACCGCGGCGAGCUCUUCUUCGUCCUCGAGCUGCGCACGCUGAAAACUACAAUCAUCGAUGCCGGCACGCUGCAGGCCCGCACGAAGAUCCCUGCGCCGCCGGGCUUCGGCAACGUCGACUACGCCUACCUAGCGCCAUCUACGGACGACGCGAUUCUCCUGGUGCACCGCGCCGGGGACAGCGACGGCGUGGUCUUUACCAAAGCGUACCGCGCGCGGCACAGGGACAGCCAGAGGCCGCCGAGGUGGAGGCCAGUGCUCGACAUCGGUGACCGCGCGGUGUUCGUCGACGGCGCGCAUGGGUUCACAGUCACCGCCGACCCGAUGGGAGCGAAGGCGAACCGCGUGUACGUGAUCCUUGCCCAUCAGCUGACGCACCCAUGUGGGCGUCUGGCCGUCGCAUACGACGUCGGCUUCACAGACCUUACGAGGCCAGAGCGCAUGGGGCGGCUGAAUCUAAACACCGGCGAGGUUGAGCCAAUGUGGGGCCGUCCGCACUGGAUCAUACCUAGGAAUGAAUCAGGUCGUCGUUAA